AUGCGGCUGCCAAUGCUUUUAUCGGUCUGCAUCAUUUUAUUGCAUGGGAGGAAGACCCAGAGCGCCUUGGAGGUCCCCGUGAAGCGAAACGUUGCCUCCAAACAGUUGUCAAUUCAGGUAUCCAAUACCUUAACUUGCCGUGUCCAGAGCAUUAGGAUUAUCACUAAUGUCUUAUUUAUGGCAGAUCCCUCUGUUGCUGAUUAUUGGUACUUGUUAGGCAGGGCACACAUGGCCAUGAAUGAUUACCGUGGAAGCUAUGAGAGCCUACAGCAAGCUGUUCGUCGCAAACCACGGGCCCCUGAAAUCUGGGUAACUGUUGGAAUAUUAUAUUACAAUAUUGAGCAAUAUAGAGACUCCCUGGACGCUAUUUCACGGUCGGUAAACCGCAACCCUUCUUUGUGGUUAAACUGGCAUAACUUAGGAGUUCUGGUGCGUAAAUUCCCCAAGUGUGUUCACAUGCUUUUCUGCUGA